AUGGCCCGGGCGGGCUACCUAGCAGUAGCUUGGAGCUUGCCGCACACCCACUCAACCACUCGCCCAGCAGCGGCCCCUCAGCGGCCCCGCCAGUGCCACAACGCCUGGAAGCUUGGCGUCAGCGACUUCGUCUUCGUCUGGUUUCUAGAAGUGCCUGGUGCAAUGGUGGCACUGCUAGCAGAGUUGGCGAGAGGCAAUAAUGAGAGAUUACUGGCCACAUAUCUUCCAUCUCCGUAA